CCGCGAAUCCACCGCAGCACUGUACAAUCCACCGGCGAGGCCUGCAUCGCACGCAGCACACCUCGCGACACUCGACAGCCAUCACAAACACAGACUCGUCACCACCAGCGGGCACCGGCAUGUCCGGAGGAGCAGACGGGGGCGCAGCAGACGACGCCGCAGCCGCAUCCGCCGUUGCCGCCGCCGCCGCGGGGCCAUCUCGUGCCGGCUCGGCGGCGGCCGCCUCGCCGUCCAAGGCUCAAGCCGCACCUCCAAAGGCCAGCAAGACGUGCGACAACUGCCGCAAGCGCAAGAUAAAGUGCGUAGACGACGAACGCGACGCGACGCUGCCCUGCGUCGGUUGUCGCAACUUACAGAUCGACUGCACAUACGACUAUGUCAAGAAGAAGCCCGGACGAAAGAACUCCUUUGCGCUGGCCAUGAAAGCCCAGCAGAAUGGGCAGGACCGUGACCGAGCCACCAACGGGGGCCGCGACGGCGUCGGACCGGUGCGCCAGUCACUGCUGUCCAGCCAGCGGGCGCUGCAUGCGCCCUACCCCGACCAGCACCGACACGCGCCCACCGGGCGCCCGUUCUCAGCGAACGGCGUCAGCUCGACGCCCUCGGGGCUGCAGGGGCUGCUGGAUGCCGCCGACGCGUACGACCACCGGACGCCGUCGGCGUCGUCGCAGAACCCGGGCGCGACGCCCCGCAGCCCAUUCAGCUCGUUUGGCGGCGGAGGCGUCACGAACGGAGGCCCGGCCCUCCGCCAGCACCCCGAGAACGGCGGCCUGAGCUGGCUCGACUCGAUCACGCUCGACAACUUUGGCAACGGCCUAGACUUUGGCUUCAACCUCAUGGACGGUAUUAGCCAGUUCCCGUCCGAGCAGGCGCAGCUCUUGUCGCUCGAGUCACCGGAGAACUUGAUGUCCAACUCGGCGGCACAGGCGUCGAACAGCUACACGUCGGCGCGUGAGCCACAGCUCGAGGACGUCACGUCGUGGGCCAACAUUUCGCAUUACAUCUCGCUGUACUUGCAGUACCUCUGGCCCCUGUUGCCCCUCGUCCACCGGCAGACGUUUGCGGAGGGACUCGCCACGAGGUUGGACCUCCGGGACACCGACUUCCGCGCGCUGCUGCUCAGCCUCGUCGCGUUCAGCAUCUCGCAGCUGCCGACGUCCAGACUCGUGACGGACCAGUUCGACGUCGAGGGACUAAAGCGUCUGCAGAGGAGGUGCCAUCGCACAAGUCAGGCACUGCAGCGGACAUACCAUGGCCAUGUGUCGCUGACUCAGAUUUGUAUAAUUAUUUUCGACAACUUUUACCUUCUCUCUAUCGGCUUGGCGCACACGGCGGCGGCGCGACUCGGUCAAGCUGUACAGCUUGCCUUUACACUCGGCCUGCACAGUGACGCCAAGACGGCGUCGCUCGGUCUCGACUCGAUCGAGGUGCAGCUGCGGCGUCGCGUCUUCUGGCAGCUGUAUGCCAGCGACAAGACGCGCGCGAUCCCAGGCAACCCGAUGCUUAUCAACGACUUUCAAGGCGUGUGUUCGUUCCCCGAGGCCAUCGACGACGAGUACAUCACCUCGCAGGGCAUGUUCCCGCAGCCUCCGCAGCGAACGUCGGUGCUCGAGGGCUUCGUGUCAGUCUCCAAGCUCUUCCGCAUCCUCUCAGAGUGCUUCUUCCACCACCGGUGUAUCCUGUCCGACCUGCAAACCAUUGGGGUGGAGUGGACCGUGGCCGCCGAGGAGAGAGUGCAUGUCGUGCUCGCCGAGCUUCCCGGCGCCAUCCAGGACCCGACGACGGUGCUGAACGAGGCGAACCGGCAGGUGUUUGCGACACAGCGAGCCAACAUUCUCAUCACUGCGGCGAUCGUCAAGUUUGCUCUGUAUGACCUCCGCUCCGCGCUGCACAUUGACGACGAACGCCUCAUCCGUGACCGCAAAGCCAUCGCACGUGAGAUCCACUCGAUGCUCAUGAGCAUCCCCGUCGAGGACUUGGCCUCCAACGGCGAGUCGGUCCGCGGCAAGGUGUUCCACAUUGCGUGCGCGCUUUGCGGCCAGGCGGGGUCGCCGGGGACCGACACGGAUCUCGUGCGAGACUGGUGUGAUAUGUUCUCGGCUAUUACCUUCGUCCAGAUGCCGCCGCCGGCCGACGCGACGAUGGACAGCCGGGCCAACUCGCCGCCCCCGGCCAUGUCGGUUGACGCGGCGCCGUCGAGCUGAGGCGCGGAGGAUUGAGCAACGAACCCGUGGAAGUCUGGCGAACGCGAACAAGUGGCCUGAGCGCCAUACAUUGUCGUUGUACAUUGGGGGUGAUGCAUGUUGAGCCACCGUGCGUUCAUGCUGUGCUUGGCGGGAAUGUGGCGCUGGAGCUGAAGGUCGUAGCACGAACGUGCUGGGUGCCAAGAGCAACCCCGGCGCGUCGGCGCCAC